AUGGAGUUCAUGACCGCCCUCCGGGGCACCUUUGACGAGCAGAAGCCGUCGCUGUUCGAGCUGCUCUCGGAGCAGCAGCUCAACGCCCUGCUGCCGCCGACCCUGCGCUACCUGCUCACCGUCGCCACCCACCGCCACCCGCGCUACCUGCUGCGCGUGCUCAACUCGUUCGACGAGCUCUACGCCCUGCUCAUGCUCGCCGUCGAGCGGCACUACCUGCGCACCCGGGGGGGCACCUUCACCGAGCACUUCUACGGCCUCAAGCGCGAGCGCGCCACCGCCGCCGCGGGCGACAUCCCGCGGGCCGCCGCGGCCGCCCCCGGCGCUGUCUCUUCU